AUGCGUUACUCUCUUCACCUACUUUUUGCAGCCGCCGUGGCUAAGGAGGUUAUUUCCAGCGAGGUCCCUAUCCCCGGAUACGGUGUAGAAGUACUGCAGUGGGAUGUUGAGGUUUCUCCGGGUAGGGUAGAAGCCCUCAAUGGCACCGUUCAGGAGGUCUACGCACAAGCUCUCCAAAUCAAUCCUAACUUUAAACUUAUGCCUGUUUCUGAGAAGAGAGAUUUAUACGAGAGGGACGUCAACUGCGGUAUUGGUAAGUUUGCUCAUAAAGGCCCAAUUGAAGAGGGCAUCAAAUACCUUCGUGGUUUGUCAGGGGCACCUUCCAGCAGCCCUUAUGGUCUUAGGUGUGCUCGGGUUAGCUGCUCCUAUGAUUCUGCCAUCUGGUGGUGCAAUGGCAGCGCAGGAGAGAAAACUCUGGGCGGCUGGGACUGGAUUGCCAAUAGCGCUCAGCGUAUUGUCGAUACAUGUGCUUCCGGGGCUGACAAAGUUUCGGGGAGAAGCUAUGAGGAUGAAUGGUCAACAUUUAUCCAGGGUGCCAAUUGCUAA